AUGUAUUUUUCUCGGUUAGAUUGGAGAAUCUAUCCGAAUCAAGAAAAUAGAGAAAAGAAGAAAUGUGGGAGAUUAAGAAGAAAAAGUCAAUUCAAUAAGAAAAAGGAUGUGCACAAUGUGGAAAAUAAUUUACCGAUCGAUAGAAUGGACUUCUCUAUGAAUUAUCCUAAAAUUAGAGUGGAAAAUAAUUAUUCGAUUGUUGAAGCUCCUUCUGUGAAUACUUCUCCAAAUUCCAUUCAAAAACAAUUAUACAGAGCUCAAAUGAAAUCCCUCCACGAAUUUAAAACGAAGAAAAAUAUUUUCAAUAAUUGUGCCAACUACAAUAAUGGCAUUCCUCAACCAAUUUAUAAACCUCCAAAACCAGAGACUGGUUACAGAAAUAGAAUGAAUUUGUUGACUUCUAAGGGUGAAAGAACUUGGCUGUAG